UCGCUCGUUGCAAGCCUGAGCCGAUUGUCCGAUAGGAUCGCAGGAUCUCUAAGGGCAGUGCAUCGAGGAGCUGGUUCAGCCACAAACCAACACUAUCUCAACUUCCCAGAACCCGUCCUUGAAGGUGCCAAUGGUGGACGGAAACCUCUUCAUUCCGCUCUCUCCGCCUAGCUCGCCGCGCAUGUCUGCGUACAGCACGACUCCCGCAGAUAACGAGUGGCAAUCAUCGGAUCUCAAGUCUCUGGACACUACCUCCGCGCACUCUGACGGCGACAUGGCAUUGCUCCAAGCAGAAGUCUCUGCCCACAACUUCGAUCUGAAGCGGCCCUUGCUUCGGACACACAAGAGCUUCCCCUAUACUCUGGACAGCAAACACCACCACAGCAAUGGCGCAGACUCUCCAUCACGGGAACGCAUCAGCAUGAGCAACAUCGACGAGGUCGACUCGAGUGAGAUGCCAACCGUGACCUUUGGAGGUUCAGCGCCGGCAAGCCCUGUGUCAAGAUUGACGCCUCCGUCGCCUCAUGACGCGGUCAACGGGGAGAAGAACGAGCCCCAGGGCGAUGAGAUCAUCACUGAGGACAUGGAUGAGAAGAGCGGCGAGGAUGGGGUCAAGGAAGAAGAGAAAGCCCCCAUGACAGCUGCAGAACUGCGUGCACAGAAGCGUAAGAUGAAGAGGUUCAGACUCACGCACAACCAAACCCGGUUCCUCAUGAGCGAAUUUGCCCGGCAAGCUCAUCCUGAUGCUGCUCAUCGAGAACGGUUAGCCCGCGAGAUUCCCGGCCUCAGCCCGAGACAAGUGCAAGUCUGGUUCCAGAACAGGCGAGCAAAGCUCAAGCGACUAACUAGCGACGACCGCGAACGCAUGAUGCGGUCGAGGGCUCUGCCGGAUGACUUCGACAUGGCACAAGCACUCCACUCGCCUUUCGGCAGCACCCACGGACUGGGGACUCCUCUGGCUUCUCCUGGAUCGUACCAGCCCAGUUUCCCUGAAGGAAACAUGAUGCGUCCUCUGAGCAUCGACACCCUGCGGCGAGGGCCGGUUGACUCCCACAUCUCCCCCACCGGAAUCAGCCCUGCCUUUGGUGGCUUCACCUUCACACCACCCCAGUCGGCAACUGAUACCCUUUCUCCAGUAUCAAACCACGAAGGCUCUCCUUUCGGCUUUCCUUCUGCGCCUCUUGAUACCAGCCCGAGGACAUCGAACCCUUUCUCCUCAUCAGUCAGCGCUUCCCCGGCCUAUGCUGCGCACCAUAACAUCCCUCGUCUGUCUCUACAUGCCGACCGCAUUGCAAGGUCUCGUGCGGAAUCCUUAUCGUCACCUCUCAGAGCCAGCAUGAGCGCUUAUACAAAUGGUCACGACAACAGCUUCAACGGUUCUAACGAUUCUGGCAACCACAUGCCAUACGGCAUUGGCUAUUCCUACUCUCCAGUACCCGGCUUUCAAGCCGCCAGCGCUUCAAGGAUGCGCUCCUUCUCGAGCAGCGUCCCACGACGCAUUGAACUGAGCACUCACUACACACCUAGUCGCAGCGCGACCACACCCCAAACGGCCACCUUCCCGACCUACACAAGCUCCCCACUUAUAACGCCCCAAAGCUACUCCAUGCCUCAAAUGAGUGCGCCCCACCACAUCACGACCUUCCCGAACUCGUACUUGCGAAACGACAAUGGCCAGUCGGAUCAGUACUCGUCCGGCUCUAUUCUGGGAGAAGUGAUGGAGAACUCCAAUCACGAUAACGACGACCAGAACGACCAGAUAUCACAGUCGUAUUGAGCGUUUCGGAUUUUGGCGAGCGGCGUUAAACUUGUCGGACCACCACGAGGGCGUGGACUCCGGGGCGGGCUUGUUGCUGGAUUUGGGAAAAAUUCAAGAUGAUUAUGAGACUACGGAACUUUGCGCUAUAUGGAGACCGGAUGUUGGGAAUCGCGAAUGCCCCCCACCCAACUGUAUGACCUGACGGCUCU